AAGUCAAAGUUACAUUUGCAAUACAUUUUAGUGUGAUAACUAAACUCAUAAGCACACAUUCCAAAAACUAUAGAUUUCAUUAUGGACAAUUUCGCAAAUGCAAUUCCAUGGAUCACUCCUCAAAAGCAAGAUGGGAACCUUAAGCGUGCCGCUAAAAUGAAACAAAAUUCAACAGCUAAAAAGAAAAAAUAUUCCCCCGAAGAAAUAGAUACGUUGUUUUCCAGAUGCUUUGAAGAAUACCGGAACAUGAAAAAGAUCACUAAUCGUGAACACGUUGAAGUAAAUAGUAAUUCCAUAGUAUUAGAAGAUACAAACAAGUUGCCACUCAAUAUCGUUCUAAAGAAUCAGAAGUCAAAACCAACGGAGGAAGUUUCGAAAAAUGUGGAUUCGAAGCUUAAAAACAGAAAUCGCAAAAACAAACAAAGUUUUAAAGCUAACAACAAAAGAUAUUCCCCCGCAGAAAUAGAUUUGUUAUUUUCCAGCUACUUUGAAGAAUACAAGAAUAUAAAAACCAUAAAUAAUUCUGAAAAUUCUGAAGUAAACACAGGACCGAAGGAUACAACCAAUAUAUUGAUUAAAAGGCAACAUAUUGGUUGUAUCCUUCAGUCCUGUGUUUACUUCUCGAGGAUCAGAAGUCAAAACCCAUGGAGGAAGUUUUAG